AUGGCUCCGUCAUUUGAUCACCUGCGCGAGGCCGACCUCGACGAGGACGAGUUCGACGAGGAUGAGGUGGAUAUCUCGGACCUGCGCGACAAGUACGAGGUGCAGCUCGAGCAGGGCUUCGACACCUUUGUCGUUAUCGACGGCCUUCCCGAGGUCAACGAGGAGCAGAAGCCCAAGCUGCUCAAGUUCCUGCUCAAGAAGCUCAACACGGUCGGCAGGACGCGGGAGGAUAUGGUUGAGAUGCCCAUGGGCCCGGAUGGCAAGUCCCUGAGAUUCGCGUUUGUUGAGUACUCGUCCCCCGCAGAGGCUGCUGCCGCCGUCAGGCAACUCGACAUGGUUCCCCUCGACAAGAAGCACACCCUUCGCGUCAACAAGCUCAUGGAUAUCGACCGCUAUGGUCGCGAGGGCCGCGUCGACGAGGAGUACCACCCGCCAAAGAUCGAGGAGUUCACACCCACGGACCACCUGCGUUCAUACAUGGCAGACCCCUCGGGCCGUGGCCGAGACCAGUUCGUGAUGUACCGUGGCGACCAGGUCGGUGUGUUCUGGAACAACGAGAAGGACAACCCGGAAAACGUAGUCGACCGCCCCAACUGGACCGAGAGUUUCGUCCAGUGGUCGCCCCUCGGCACCUACCUUACCUCAGUCCACAUCCAGGGUGUCCAGCUCUGGGGUGGCCCCAAGUGGGAUCGUCUGGGACGAUUUCCCCACCCCUUCGUCAACCUUGUGGCCUUCUCCCCCCUCGAAAACUACCUUGUCACUUGGUCAAACCGGCCCAUCGCCAUCCCAGAGGAAGGCCACCCCGCUCUCUCGCUCGACGAUGAUGGAAAGAACUACGUUAUCUGGGACAUCGCCACUGGAAAGCCCCUCCGAUCCUUCGCCAACAUCGAUAUCCCCGCCGGUGUUGAUGAGCAAGGCGCACCGAAGCCCCCGCGCAAGCUGCCGUGGCCCGCGUUCAAGUGGUCGAGCGAUGAUAAAUAUGUCGCUCGGUCGACCCAGGGCCAGUCCAUCUCCGUCUAUGAGCUUCCUCGCAUGAACCUGCUCGACAAGACCAGCAUCAAGAUCGAGGGUGUGAUGGACUUUGAGUGGGCACCGGCAAAGCCCCAGCGGGAGGGAGUCAAGACCUACGAGCAACUCUUCUGCUACUGGACCCCUGAAAUCGGCAGCAAUCCGGCCAAGGUCGGCCUGAUGAGCAUCCCUUCGAAGCAGAUUGUCCGUACGUUGAACCUCUUCAGCGUCAGCGAUGCCAAGCUGCACUGGCAGUCAGAUGCCGCAUACCUGUGCGUCAAGGUGGACAGGCAUUCAAAGUCCAAGAAGUCGCAAGCGACAACGCUUGAGAUCUUCCGCGUCAAGGAGAAGGGUGUCCCAGUCGAGGUUGUUGACACCAUCAAAGACACCGUCAUCAACUUCGCAUGGGAGCCCAAGGGAGACCGCUUCGUCAUUAUCACCACCACCGAGCCGGUCGGUGCCACCGCCGUUCCUCCCAAGACUUCAGUAUCCUUCUUCUGCCCCGAGAAGGCAAAGGGCAAUGCGGUUGGCAAUUUCAAGCACCUCCGAACGCUCGACAAGAAGAACAGCAACGCUAUCUACUGGUCGCCAAGGGGUCGCUUUGUUGUGAUCGCUACCGUCCACAACCAGCAGAGCUCCGAGCUCGAGUUCUACGACCUCGACUUUGAGGGCGAGAAGCCCGAGGCAGACAAGGACCUGACUGCCAACCUGCAGCUCAUGAACACCGCCGAUCACUACGGAGUCACCGACAUCGAGUGGGACCCCUCUGGACGUUUCGUUGCCACCUGGGCCUCGGCAUGGAAGCACAGCAUGGAAAAUGGUUAUCACCUGUACGACUUCAAGGGCGAGCAACUACGGGAGGAUCACAUCGAGAAGUUCAAGCAGUGGCAGUGGCGACCCCGGCCCGCCAGCCUGUUGACUAAGGAGGAGCAGAAGGCUGUCCGAAAGAACCUCCGCGAGUACUCGCGCGUGUUCGAGCAAGAGGAUGCCGAGCGCAUCGCUGGUGCCGACCAGGAGGUUGUGGACCGGCGCCGCCGCCUCCUCAACGAAUGGUACGCUUGGCGCGAGUCGGUCGACGAGGAGCUGGAUGAGGAGCGCGAGGCCAUGGGCCUGCCCGAGAACCCUGUGGAGGAUCUGAUCAAGGCCAAGACUGCGGCCGUCAGCCAAGGAGAAGAGGAGAAGGUCAUCGAGGAGAUUGUCGAAGAGGUGCUCGAGGAGUCGGAGGAGGUUGUCCAGUAA